GCAUUAACGACGCGGCUGCUGUACGCGUUUUGCUGCACCGAGAGACGGAGGGUUUUCAGGAGACGUUUACCGGGCCGUUUCUGUCCGUUACCGACACCAUGUACACGCUGAAGACUAGAUGCCUAUGAGGACUGACGUACUGUCUGGUGGAUUUAUUCUGAGAUUGAAUGAAGUUGGAUGGCAUGUAGUAUCUCCAAGUUCAUGGGAGUUCAUGGGACAAUUUGGUCAAUUUAUGAGUCCCAACUAUGGAAGAGUGACCGGAGUAUGAUGCCACAAAGAAAAAUGAACAUCAGCCAUGCCUCCAUUGCUGAUCUCCAUCAAGGGCACUCAGUUUUUACUGCUGUCUGGGACUCUCCUUCUUCUCUUGGAUAGUUUCAGUGUUAACAUACAUCAUACCGCACACAAGGCCUUGUUUAUGGACGAUAUCAUUCUGUCACUAGAAAGAUGAAAUUUCCUUUUAUUAGAAGUCCCAAUUAAAACUAGGACAUACAAGUGACAAACUCUGGAAACUCAAAGUGUAUAGUACAGAUGAAGUUGCAUUAUGGCAGCUGAAUCUGCAUUCAGCAGCUGCAUUCACGUAUCUGGUUCGAAGGAGAGUGAUAUUUGAACAAUGCAGCGAAGUGGAGGCAUCAUCGGGAACAACGGCCAGCCAUGGGUACUGCGGCGAGUACGGCUCACGUGGCUCAGUUUCAUGCUCUUUUUCAUCCUGGUCUUCUUCCCUCUCAUUGCACAUUACUACCUCACCACAAUAGAUGAAGCAGGAGGACCAGAUAAGCGUAUUUUUGGGCCAAGACCUGGAGGAGAGCUGUGUGAAGCAAAGCAUGUGCAAGACCUGUGUCGUAUACGGGAAUCUGUCAGCGAGGAACUACUUCAGCUUGAGUCAAAGCGGCAAGAGCUCAAUGGCGAGAUAGCCCGACUUAACCUACGCAUCGAGGCUUGUAAACGUAGUAUUGACGCACACAAACAAGACUUGCUACAACUCAAAAAUGUCAUCAGCCAGACAGAGCACUCUUACAAGGAACUUAUGGCACAAAACCAGCCAAAACUGUCGUUGCCAGUUCGACUUUUACCAGACAAGGAUGAUCCUGGAUACCCUCCACCCAAGUCGGCCCAAAGCUGUCGUUUGCACUCUUGUUUUGAUUACGCUAGAUGUCCACUUACAUCUGGCUUCCCUGUCUAUGUUUAUGACACAGGAUCAUAUCCUUGGGGUGAGAAGUUGGACCCUCUUGUCAAACAAGCCUUCGCAUCAUCUGUCAAAAGCAGUGUAUAUGUCACCAAUAAUCCAAACAUUGCCUGUCUGUACAUAGUGCUUGUUGGGGAAAUACAAGAAUCACCUUCCUCUCCCCCUGCUUCACCUUCUGACCUUGAAAAGCAGCUCAAGGCUUUGCCGUAUUGGAGGUUGGAUGGCCACAACCACUUGCUUGUCCAUCUUUCUAGAAAGUCUCUGACUCAGAACUUCUUGUACAAUGUGAGCACAGGACGAGCAGCAGUGGCACAGUCUACCUUUUUUGAACGUCAAUAUAGAGAAGGUUUCGACAUGGUGGUGUCUCCUCUAGUCCACGCUCUCUCAGAGCCAAACUUCCUCGAGGUGCCUCCGCAAGUCCCUGUCAAGAGGAAGUACCUCUUCACCUUUCAGGGAGAAAAGGUUGAGUCUUUGAGGAGCAGCUUGCUUGAAGCCCCACCGCAGUCUUUUGAGGAGGAAAUGGAAGGGGAUCCACCAGCUGACUAUGAUGAUCGCAUUAUUGGCACACUUAAAGCUGUGCAGGACAGUCACCUAGACCAGGUUCUUGUUGAGUUCACUUGCAAGAAUCAGCCCAAGACAAGUUUACCAACAGAGUGGGCAUUGUGUGGCGAGCGAGAGGAUCGUUUAGAGGUACUGAGGGUUUCUACGUUUGCCCUGGUGAUAUCUCCAGGUGAUGGCCAGUUGGUGGCAUCUGCUGGCUGUAGCAUGAGACUUUUUGAGGCUUUGGAAGUUGGGGCAAUACCGGUGGUGCUUGGCGACCACUCAAAGUUGCCCUACCAUCACCUCAUACGCUGGAGUGAGGCAGUCAUUAUGGUACCCAAGCCUCGCAUUACGGAGCUGCACUUUCUGUUGCGUAGCAUCUCAGACAAUGAUCUUCUAGCCAUGCGAAGGCAGGGUCGGUUUCUUUGGGAGACGUACUUCUCCACCUCAGAGAGCAUAUUCAGCACCAUCCUGGCUGGUGUACGAACCAGCAUUCAGAUACCAGCAGCACCCAUACGUGAGGAGCCUGCCCAGGAGAUUCCUCACAAAGCUGGAAAGUUGGCUGGAACCGAUGCUAACAUGGCUGACAAUGGGGACCUCGAUCUAGGGCCUGUUGAAGUAGAGCCCCCUUAUGCUUCGCCACGCUUCUUGCGUAACUUUACCUACACAGCUGCUGAUGUUUACCGCACCUGGAAUCGUGCACCUGGUCCUUUCCAUCUAUUCCCACAUACUCCCUUGGACCCUGUUCUUCCUUCAGAGGCCAAGUUUCUGGGGUCGGGGACUGGUUUUCGUCCUAUCGGUGGUGGUUCUGGGGGAUCUGGUAAAGAGUUUCAGGCCGCUCUAGGAGGUAACGUGCCACGGGAGCAGUUCACUGUGGUCAUGCUUACUUAUGAACGGGAGGAGGUUCUUAUGAACUCACUGGAAAGACUUAAUGGUCUUCCUUAUCUCAACAAAGUGGUGGUUGUGUGGAAUUCCCCCAAACCACCUUCUGAUGAUCUUCUCUGGCCAGACAUUGGUCUACCUAUUGUGGUGGUACACACAGAGAAAAACAGCUUAAACAAUCGCUUCCUUCCCUGGGAUGCAGUCGAGACUGAGGCUAUUUUGUCUAUUGAUGAUGAUGCCCAUCUUCGACACGAUGAAAUUAUGUUUGGGUUCAGGGUGUGGCGAGAGGCCAGAGACCGGAUUGUGGGUUUCCCGGGAAGGUUUCACGCUUGGGAUGUUAAUCACCAAUCUUGGCUCUACAAUUCAAACUACUCCUGCGAGCUCUCCAUGGUACUGACGGGUGCGGCCUUCUUCCAUAAGUAUUACGCAUACCUCUAUUCUUACGUCAUGCCUCAAGCCAUACGUGACAUGGUGGACGAGUACAUCAACUGCGAGGAUAUCGCCAUGAACUUUCUCGUGUCGCAUAUCACUCGCAAACCCCCCAUCAAGGUGACGUCACGUUGGACCUUCCGCUGUCCCGGGUGUCCGCAGGCUCUGUCACACGACGAUUCGCACUUCCACGAGCGCCACAAGUGCAUCAACUUCUUCGUAAAAGUCUACGGAUACAUGCCGCUGUUAUAUACUCAGUUCAGAGUGGACUCGGUACUCUUCAAGACGAGACUGCCGCACGACAAGACCAAAUGUUUUAAAUUCAUUUAACGGGACGAGCACAGGAAUCCGACGAAGCGCUGACACGGAAAUCGAAGCUUUCUUGUAAAUACGGGACAGUUUUACUUUGAACUCGUCUUCCUUGAAGCAAAGGGAGAACAAAAGCAGAACGAACGAUUGCCGUCAGGCGUUCUUAACGGUCACCUGUGUGUGAUUCAUCAGCAACCACUACAGGCUUUAUUUGCACCACUUUUCAUGGGACGCUUUAAUGGAUGUCAAACUAAUAUUUGCGUCAUGUUAUACUGACAGAACAAACGAAGUUAUGGACCGACGGAGGCCGUUUUUGAUGGCGCAUUAUGAGAGGUGUCAGCUCUAAAUGAGUAGUGUUUUUAUUUUUACUUACUUUGCGUAUACUCUAUUGUUUGAAAUGCACUGACAUGUUUUUUUUACUCGUGUGUGUGUGUGUGUGUGCUUUUGAGCUUGUGUGAAAGGCUGUGUGUGUAGGUUGAUGGUGACUAGACGCCACUAACCCCCAUCAAAUGUUUGUUGAUCGUCAGUAAGAAUAGCACAAGGUAUCAAGCAUAACUGCAUAGGAAUAGCACUAAAUCAAACUGAUACAUACAAGAAAACAUAACCUGUUCAGUUCACAUGUGGAUUAACAGAUUGAUCUUAAUGCCUUUUGCUGGAUAAUCAAGUCUGUUUAUGUGUUGUGUCAUAUUAAGAAGGUCCUAUAUGAUUUCAUAAGUGAAAUGACAAAGAACUAUCCAGGUCAUAUUUACUCAUGUAUUAAUUUUUAGACAUUAUUUCCAUGAAUUAUAGCAACAUUUAAACGCACAUAAUGCAACAAAAAAAUAAUUGUCAUUGCUUUGUUCUUUUUCUAACGCAAAUAUAAUUUUUCAAUAAAAUUAAAUGUUUUAGGAUUAUUAAGAUUGGACAUUUCUACCAGUUCUCAAUACCAUAAUGCAAAAACAAAAAAACAAAAAAAACAUAAUUUCAUUAAUCAUAACAUCAUUUUCCUAAUCAAAUUUAGUGACAAUGACAUAUAUAUAUUUAGAUUUUUAUUUUGAAAUAGGUUUUUUUUGGGUUGGGGGAGGCAAAUAAUCUGUUCCCGUAAAUACUUUUGGUGAAAAUGUUUCUCUAUUUCUUUGUGAAAUGUGACCUGGACAUGCUCUUGACAGUUUCAUCAUGUGAGAAUGUGUUUGUGUGUCCGCUUCUGUGAGGAUGACGGUGACAGUAGUCCUCUUUCCUCUGUAAACGGUACGUGUGUCUCUUCUGUGGCAGGACGAGUUGUGCGUCCUGAGGCUUCUUCUGCCGGCCUUCAUCUGACAAACUCUGCGCUCCACUAUUUCUGUCUUUUGCCUCAUUCACGAUGUCGAUGUCCGACACGUUUGACAGGUACAUUUAGGAAAAUGGCUCUGCAAUUGUAAAGUUUGCGGUUUUAUUUUUUAAAACACAAAAAUGUGGAUCUGUUCUCCUUAGAAGAGGAAUAUAAAUAAUCUGAUAUGGCCAUGUUUUGUAUUGUUUAAAUCUAUUGAACGGGCUUUAAUGGUUAAUUACUUUUUAGUCAUUGUGAAGACUGUAUGAGCGUUUGGAUUGGCCCGUAACUGACGAUAUAUAAACUAUUGGUUGUAAAGUGUUGAAUGCCAGCAAACGUUAUAAAUUCUUCAACCACACUAAUAAACCAGCCAGAUUCAUCAUCUCUUUCA